ACUUACUUAUAACAACCAAGUGCAGUACAUGUUCUGCACGUAACAAAAAAAAAAAAAAACAAGUUCCAGAUGAAAACCGCCGCUGUAGAAUUAGCACAGAGAAUCAGCAGAACAAUAAUCUCAACAUCAAAGAACCACACAAAAACCAAACAUCAUCAUUAUCCAUGGACCUCACAAAUCGAAGAAACCCUUCACAACAACCUCAACCAAAAUCUAACUCCAUCCCUUGUUUCCUCAAUCAUCGACCCUUUCCUCCUCCAUCACCAUUCCCUUGCUUUGGGCUUUUUCAACUGGGCUUCUCAACAACCUGGCUUUACCCAUACUUCAUCUACCUUUCACUCCAUUCUCAAAUCUCUCUCCCUCACACAAAACCACUUUCAUUCCAACUCUCUUCUUUCUCUUCUCAAAAAAGCUCAAUCUUUUCAUUUCCCAAUUCACCCUUCCGUUUUCCGUUCUGUUAUAAUUACCCACAUUUCACGUAAUAACUUACAUCAAGCUUUUUCCAUUUUCAUCGAGGUUGUUUCGUUGAUCAAUGAAAUUGGUGCCCCCAUUUGUAACUCACUUCUCGCCGCACUUAGUUCUAACAAUAAUAGUAAUGCACGUAAGGUGUUUGAUGAAAUGAUUGUAAAGAGUGUUCCUUUUAGUACGUUGGGAUUUGGGGGUUUUGUUUGGUAUGUUUGUAAAGAGGGUGAUUUGGGAAAAGUGUUGGGUUUAUUGGAUGAGGUUGGGGAAUGUGGUUCGGAGAUUAAUGGGUCUGUUGUGGCGGUUAUGAUUGUUAAUGGUUUGUGUUUUGCUGGAAAAGUUAGUGAAGCUAUGGUGAUGUUGUCUGAAUUGAGGAAUAGAGGAUGGAAGCCUGAUUUUAUGGCUUACUGGGUUGUUGCCAAGGGGUUUAGGGAAAUGGGGAAUGUGGUUGAUGAGAUUAAUGUUUUGAAGAUGAAGAGGAAGUUAGGUGUGGCUCCUAGAAGUGGUGAUUAUAAAGAGAUUAUAUUUGAAUUGGUUUCGGAGAAGAGAAUUUGUGAAGCUAAGAUGAUUGGGGAAGUUAUUGUUGGAGGUAAUUUUGUUGUUGAGGAUGAUGUUUUUAAUGUUUUGAUUGAAUCGGUGUCAGAUGUUGAUCCUAUUGGGGCGAUUGUGUUUUUUAAUUAUGUUGUUGAGAGGGAAAGGUUUUUGAGUGUUUCGAGUUUGAAUAGAUUGAGUUGGAAUUUGUGUAGGGUGGGUGAAGUGGAUGAAUUGUUGGAGGUGUUUCGCCUUUUAGAUUGUCGGAAUUAUUUCAAGGAUGUGGAGGGUUAUAAUGUGAUGUUGUUGUGGUUGUGCGAAGCUAGGAGAGUGAAGGAAGGAUAUGCUGUUCUUCAGGAAAUGAAAAAGAAAGGGUUGAACCCUGAUAUAUCGUCUUACAAUUAUGUGAUGGAAGCGUGUUGUAAGGAGGAUUUGCUUCGCCCUGCUAGAAAGCUUUGGGAUGAGAUGUUUGCAAGUGGUUGUUGUGGGAACUUGAAAACAUAUAAUAUUCUGAUUCACAAGUUUUCGGAAGAGGGACAGAUUGAAGAGGCUGAGAUGUUGUUUAACCGGAUGUUGGACAAAGGUGUCGAACCCGAUCGUGCGAGUUAUACUUUUCUUUUACAAGGGCUCUGCCAAGAAGACAGGCUUGAAGAAGCUUUUGAGCUCUAUAACAAGUCUGUCAAACAGGAUAUUACCAUUGCAGGAGACAUAUUGAGCUCGUUUAUAUUAUCACUCAACAAGAAAGGACGUUUAACAGCUGCUUCCAAGUUACUUUGCAGUCUCAGUCAUAGUAUAGGACACGCAGAAACCCACAUAGUUUUGUUGAAAUGUUUGGCAGAUGCAGGAGAGAUUCCAAUUGCUAUUGAGCAUUUGAGGUGGGUUCAGGACAAUUUGCCUACAAUGCUACAAGAUAUAUGUACCGGACUUUUAGCUUCCCUUUCUGUUUCUAAAUGCCCGGAGCCGAUAUUACAGUUUCUUCAAAGAAUGCAAGGUGUGUUAUGAUUUCAUGGGUAAAGAGAAGAGUACUUUGAAGCUUAUGUGCUAGCACGGGGGGACUUUUCUCCUCGUUGGGCUACAGAAGACCACGUCAUAAUUGAACUUUACCACAUAGACAGACAUGGUUUACUUUCAAAAUCUCUGCAUUUCUCACUGGUCUUCACUGUAAUGUGGUGGCUGCUGCAAGAUGUAGACAGAGGACACAUAAUGCUUUGGAUGAAGCUGUUCGAGUGACAAAUGAUUCCAGUGGUAGCUAGGUGUGCCCAAAUGGACCCAUCCGAAGACAUCAAAAACAACAAGUUCACUGGCUGGUGUUUCUAACAGGGACUGAAGAUUACAUCAUCUUGUUGAUAUGAACUAUGAAAGGGAACAUUCUUAGAUGAAAUAACUGACAAAUUGACCUACAUGCUAUAAUGACGUGUUGGCAUGAAGCACUAAAAUAAAGUCGAUCUGCCUACCAUUGUGUGGGUAAAAAUAUAUAUCAUUUGGUCACUAUUAUAAGUAAAUUUGAUUUUUUAGGACAUUUGAUAAUUAAUGUAUCUAGUUACGAUAACAUUGUCACGGUAUUUUCUUUUAAACUUUCCACUAAACUUUCCACGGUAUUUUCUUUUAAACUUUCCAUUUAGUGCUAUGUGAUUGAUGCACUUUCCUUGCCAACUGAAAUAUGGCAUUUAAACUUGAAAUGGUUAAUAUCACUGGCCACCACAUCAUGAUUCAUGGA